AUGCGUCUCCGGCGCUCUCGUUUGACGCUCUACUGGCUCAAGGACAAGGAAUGGUUUCUCGGUGAAGACCAGUGUGUACGGCCACCCUCUGGGUGGCGGUCACUUCUAGGCACUGCCACGGAAGGCACACUGUCCUUGGCGUCGGAGCAUCUGUUCUUUGAUGACGGCGGCCCAAACGUCGUUAUUUUCCCACUGUCAAGAGUGGCGAAUGCCGCCGUGCAUCGCUGCGAUGAGCACAUUUCCGUAACGUUCACGUGUAAGAACGCGCUGCAGCGCGAGGUGCUCACGCCGCCAACCGGCAACCACUCGGUUCCUGGCAUCUGCAGGCCACACCCGAACAAAGAGACGUGGGUGUUUCACUUUCCACGCACGUCUGAGUGGGUCGCGGAGUCCCUCCGCAGCCUCUUCACUCGACAUCGCAUCGAGGAUAUCCUGUCACGCCGCGAGGUUGCUUUGCAGAGUGCUUCCUCCGUUGUCAGCUUCUGUGCGCGGCGUCAGGUGCCGAUGCGUGAGCAGAGAGGCGUUCUCUACAUCGGCGGUGCCGACCUUGUCUUCGAGCCGCUCUUCCCUUUGCCGGCGCACGGGGUAGUACGGCUGGACCGUCGCCAGUGCCGGCACACCUUUGCACGGUGGAUCAUCUUUGAGGCUGUGGGGCUCGAUGUGUACACGUCCGAGUCAACUGCGGCGACUCCUGCUCUGUCGCUUAUCUUCAACAACUCUCGCGAAAGGAAUGAGGCUGCGCACCUGCUUGCCGAGCGCCUCGGCGUUCCACCCUACCGUGUGUCCAUCCAGGCUAUUUCGGAAGCGUGGAGGAACCAUACGAUGCCCAACUACGAGUACCUCCUGCACCUAAACAAGUGGGCGUCGCGGUGCGCAAACGACGUCUUUCAGUACCCCAUCUUUCCUUGGGUACUCGCCGACUACACUUCGUCUGAGCUGGACAUUUCUCAGCCGUCGACCUUCCGCGACUUGAGCAAGCCGAUCGGUGCCCUCUCCCCGUCGCGGCUGGCCCUCCUCCAGGAGCGGGCUGACUUCUUGCGAGAGACGGAGGAGCCGGCAUACUUGUACUCCACGCACUACUCCUCCGCUGCUAUCGUCGCCUACUACCUGGUGCGCCCUCAGCCUGAGUUUCAGCUGAGUCUUCAGGGCGGUACGCUCGAUGUGCCGGAACGCAUCAUGGAGUCCAUUCCGCAGCUUUGGAACAGCGUCACGACAAACUCGAGCAACUUCCGCGAGCUCAUUCCGCAGUUCUUCAACAAAGGCUUCGUGGAACUGUGCGGGCCCCCUCUCCUUCCUCUCGGUUUCCAUGCGGACGGGUCUCCAGUGGCCGCGCAUGUUAAGCUGCCUCCGUGGGCGGCUAGCAGCGAGGACUUUGUACGUCAACAUCGAGCAGCCCUCGAGAGCGAUGUCGUCUCCGCGUCUCUCCACUUAUGGAUCGACCUCGUCUUCGGCAUUGCGCAGACUGGCGAGCAGGCGCGUGCGGCGGAUAAUCUAUUUCACCCCUUCUCGUACCCGCAGUGUGGCAGACAGUUGAGCGUGCCUGGACUAUACCUCUCAUCCCGGGAGUACGCGAGAGAGUUCGGAAACGUGCCGAUUCAACUCUUCGCUGACCUGCAUCCGCCACGCUCGAGGCUUGUGCACACCCUUGUGUGCACGGCAGAAGCCUUAGAAGCGUGCGGAUGCGCGACCAAAUCUGCCAAUCAGCAGUGCCUAUUGCACAUGAUGGAGGAGCUGCAGUUCAUUGAGGACGCGACGGACACGGUCGUCGCGUCGGCGGACGCAGACGACGAAGGCACGCAUGGUUUGCCCACGCACGCAGCAGAUCUCACCGUCAUUUCUACCACCUCGCUGUCUUGCCGCUCAGCUCGUUUCGUCACACUUGGCCACAGUCAAGCCGAUCCCGCCACCUCACCGACGGCCGUCCUGCUUGUCGUUGCCAGUGAUCAGCGUACGGCGACGCUAUUCGACGUCGCGACGGGCAAGCGCAUUCGCUCCUUCCCCGACUUUGAUGGCCUCAUCACCGCCACCGCUUUUCACGACGGCCACAUGUUUGUUUUCACAGAGAGCACCAGUUGUUACGUUCUGUCGCUCACCUCGAACGCCGUGGCGCACUUCACCGCUGAGGUGAUGCCUGCACCUGUCCUCCACGCUUGCUUCGCAUCACAGUUGGUCGUUCUUGCGGACUCCAACGCACAACUUUCGGGCUGGGCACUGCAGCGCGGCACCUCGCCGCUACUCUUUGAGUCGCCACUUUCAUUUACGUGCGAGGCCUCCUCGCGGGUCGCGUGCAUCGGCUCCUCUGCGGAUGGCGACACCGUUGUCGCCGCCACCGAACAGUUGGAAGUCUUUGUUUGUCGCGGAGGCACGUGUUACGAGUGCAUGCUUCAACAGGCGCCGGCUUCAUCAACGGUGCUGCACAUCAUGCCGGCAGAUCGGCUCACCCGCUUCUGGGUGUUCUUUCUCGAGGAGGCCGCUCUCUAUGACCUUGGAGGUCUUCCGCUGCGGCGUAUUGUCACCACUGCCGCGUCUAUUGUGACGUGCCCUCGGCUGGGCUACCAGCUCUACCCGCUCUGCGUCAACAUGGACAACGGGGCACUUGAGGUGUUCCAGCUGCUGCACACUGGAGAGCGCGCCGUAUCGCUGCGGUGCAGCUGGCUGCGGUCUCUGCAGCUUUCGUCCGCCGGCAACCUCGUCGCCUUCGUAGGCACCGCCCUUGUCAAUUGCGAGCCGUCACUCGUCCUUACGAUGGCCGCACUGGCGGCUCAGCCGACAGGGUGA